GUGAUAGCCAAUGAUUUCAGAUCAGAAACACAAGAUACUGUGGAAGAAGUCAGAAACCAAAAUUUCGCUUUGAAAGAAAAAGUGAAGACUUUAGAAGGAAAAAUUGAAGGUCUUAAAUCAGAUUUAGAUUUGGCUACUAUUCAAAAAUAUUCCACGGAACCUAAAACUUCCAAGUCUAUUUUAACUAAUGCAGAAUUAAAGGGAAAAGUGUUGUGUUCAGUUGAUAGAGAACUUGCUGCAAUUCGUGAUGUCCGUAAAAUUGACCCUAAAAACCAAAGUUUAUCUGUUAAAAGUUUGAUUCGUUCUAUUGAAACUCAAGUUAAAAGUGGGUGUUCGUCUAUUCACUCUAGUCAAGAUAGUUCGCGUAGGAAUUCAGAUUCUAAUGACAGUAUGUUUAGUUUACAAGACUAUAUCAAAUCACCUACAUCCCCGACAAAAGAUAGUCCCUUAAGUCCCCAGUGUGAGAAUACGUUAAAAUCAGUUCUGAAAAAAACAAACGAGAAACCUGCACAAAGAUUUGAUCUCCACCGGUCGCCUAGCGACCAACCGAAAUCGAUGCCCCCGUUUGUUCGGUCUGACAGUGAUCAUAGUAAAAUAUCACCUACUAUCUCUUCCAUACUUCAUAACCGUCAAGAUCGCAGUACUCCAAGACGGAAUAGCGGCACUACAAAUAUAGAGAAUGAUAAGAAAGAUGGUAGUAAAGAUCCAUUAGGUUAUCUUGCUAAACAGAUGGGUGGUUCUAAACGUAAUGCGUUAUUAAAAUGGUGUCAACAAAAAACUGUCACUUAUAAGGGUGUAGAUAUAACUAACUUUAGUUCAAGUUGGAACGAUGGUCUGGCGUUCUGUGCUAUAUUUCAUAGUUAUCUCCCCCAUAAAAUACCAUACACAGAACUUAACACUGAUGAUAAGAGAAGAAAUUUUACGUUAGCUUUCACAGCAGGUGAGGAUGAGGGCAUCCCUAAAACUCUGUGUAUAAAUGAUAUGGUUGCUAUGGAGAGACCAGACUGGCAGGCGGUCAUGUGUUACGUCACCGCUAUUUAUAAACAUUUCGAAAUCGACCUGAAAUAAUACCGCUACUAAUAUUUAUCAAACAUCGCUUGAAGAAUAUAUCAGCUCUCAAUCUUCUUGCUAUUUUCGAAUCAGAUUAUUGAAUUUCUGAAAUCUUUCUCUUAUUAACCAAUCAGAUUACUGUAUUUCUGAAGUUUUCCUUGAAUUAACCAAUCAGAUUACUGUAUUUCUGAAACUAUGGCUGUUUGUUUGUUGUUUUCCAUUCCUAGUAUUGACAAACAAAGAUGUUUGUGUUCAUCCACGGACUUUUCAUACAAAAAAAAACAUGAAGUCUAUUUUAUUUUCGGAUAGUUGAAAUCAUACUAUUUCAAAUUAUACUACCUGAAAAUAAGUUUUUAGACUGAGUUGCUAUUGAAUCGUUGUGGCAUCUUCACUAUGUCAAGUUAUUACAAACUUGGUCUUAUUCCUGGACUACAAUAGCUACUAUUCUUGUAUGACGGAAUGUAGUGAUUUGAUUGGAUUGUACACCAGUGAAUACAGCCAAUCAGUGCCCUAACUCAAUGACUUCUGCCAAUCAAAUUUCUACAUUUUCCAGCGCUGGCAUUUAAACAACUAAUAAAACAAGGGAAUAAAAUUGUUUAAUUUUGAUUAGACUGGAAUAAAGCUUAGAUCGCACAAUGUCUCCUUGACUGUAUAUCGUCAUCUUAUCAUUGUUAUAUACUUUUAACUUGUGAGAUUCAUGCUAAUCAGUAUUGUGUCAUGGUCAUCCAGUCUUCAUUUCAUACACUAUUUAUUUGUUUAAUGAUACUGGGUAUUCCUGACUACUCCAGUUAUAUAUAUAUACACAUGCUUUCAAUGUGCCAGUGAGAUACUUUCUGUAUAUUUAUAGAAUAUCUCUAAAACUUUGUUUGUGGUCAAAGGGAAAUGACAUAACAUUUUAUUUUUGCACUAGU